GCUGUCGGAGCUGAGACCAGCAGGCCUGCGACCUAGAAAGUGCUCAAAACCCCACUUCCUAAGGCCUAGAAGGAGCGACGUGAAGAUAGAGAACUGUGUCACUGCUGUACUUAAACUCCUUCAGUAUCUUUCCUGGGGUUUCAAGAUAAAAUCUGAGCUCCUUUGCCCACAUCACUGCAUCUGCCUUUACUACGAUAGAAAGGAACAAGACCCUGCAGAUGGAGAAGAUCAAGGCUCGUUUGAAGGCUGAGUUUGAGGCACUUGAGUCAGAGGAAAGGCACCUGAAGGAAUACAAGCAGGAGAUGGACCUUCUGCUACAGGAGAAGAUGGCCCAUGUGGAGGAACUCCGACUGAUCCACGCUGACAUCAAUGUGAUGGAAAACACUAUCAAACAAUCUGAGAAUGACCUAAACAAGCUGCUAGAGUCUACAAGGAGGCUACAUGAUGAGUAUAAGCCACUGAAAGAACAUGUGGAUGCCCUGCGCAUGACUCUGGGCCUGCAGAGGCUCCCUGACUUGUGUGAAGAAGAGGAGAAGCUUUCCUUGGAUUACUUUGAGAAGCAGAAAGCAGAAUGGCAGACGGAACCUCAGGAGCCCCCUAUCCCUGAGUCCCUGGCCGCUGCAGCCGCUGCCGCCCAACAGCUCCAAGUGGCUAGGAAGCAGGACACUCGGCAGACGGCCACCUUCAGGCAGCAGCCCCCACCUAUGAAGGCCUGCUUGUCAUGUCACCAGCAAAUUCACCGGAAUGCACCUAUAUGCCCUCUAUGCAAGGCCAAGAGUCGGUCCCGGAACCCCAAAAAGCCGAAACGGAAGCAGGAUGAAUAAAGAAAGGGAGAGCACAUGAAGCUUUGCUAAUUAUAACCCCUCACCUUGACCAGAGUCAUUUAUGUCCUGAUGUGAAACAACCCUUGCCCAACCCCAUGAAGUCUCCUGUUUAAUGUGAUGGAAGCACAACCCCUCUCUCACUUUGCUCCUAUUUCUUUCUGCUCUUGGGAUUUCUGGUUUAGGAAGAGAUGUGGUUCAGGUGCUAAACAGUGUGUCUGAUGAUCCCUUCUCUCCCACUCACAUUUCAACCUCUGCCCUUGUUUGGAGCUAAGGGAAGGGCAAAAGUCUCAGAUAUGAUUCUCUAUCUCUUGUGCCUGAGGCCUGGAGCCUAAGGAGCUGUAGGGUCUGAGGGGCAGGGGAGGCCCAUAUCUUGUUUUAGGUAAAGGACCCAGUAUUUCCCCUCCUUGUACUUUUGCCUUAGGUUCUGAAGGGACAAUAGUCUUCACGUUGGAUUCUCCAACAGGCUGGGUGCCUGUAUCCCCCUGCUCCUAUCCUCAUCUCAUCCUUAAGGCCCAGAGGUAGCUUGGACAAGCCCUCCUUUUCAUAAUCAUUUGGGAGGCGUGGCUGUAAUUCUUUAGCUUGCUCCACUCCUGUCUCCCAGAUAUACUAAAAUUCUUAGGUACUAGGCUGUGUGUCUUGGGAUCUUAAGAUCAGUGAACCUUUCCCCAAUAUCUAGUCUUUGCAAAUUCUAGUAGAAGAUUUCCACAGUGAAAUCAGUGAGCCAGACCAACUCUACAUCUCCUGCCUAACCUACUGCCUAAGUCAUUAGGGCUGAGAGCUCAGCUGUAGGGGCUUCCUUAGGCUGAGAGGGCCCCCAGGCUGACAUCUGUGUUGGCUUUUGUUCAGAACCAUUACUCUGGCACAUGCUCAAUGGUAUAUUGCAGGGAGGAGAGGAGAAGAUUUAGAUUUGAGUAAAUGCCAAUCACUUUACACAUGAAGGUGGGUGGGACUUUCCUUCCAUUCAUCCCUUGCUAUCUUGGAUCUGGACUCUUCUGUAGCCUCAGUUCAGGAGAGCUGCUGGCCACUCCUGUCCUGUGGAUUGUGCAGCCCUUUCCUCCCAAAAGAAAAGGCAUCAGGCUCCCCAAGCCCCACAGCUCUCCUUUCCACCAAAGCCAGGUUUCCUGGUAAGGUCACUCGAAGAUAAGGGAUGGGGAUGGGGGCUGACUGACAAAAAAUUUUAGCCCCAGAUCUCAGUACCUGGCUGGGGAGGGGGAUAUUUUUCCUUCCUUAAGUAGUUUUACAUUGCCACAGUGUGUAUGUGUUCACAAUAUAAAAUGUUCCUCUGCUCUUUGAAAGUAAGAGUGUUGUGUCUGUACAAAUCCUUUUAACAUGCAUUCAUUGGAGUAAAUUCUGAGUAUCUACUGUGUAUUGGAUAAUACAAAAGAUGUAAUGUCAUUUACCUUUCUGGGUAGCUCUUGUUUGCUCUUAUUCAUUCCACCUUACAAAUGAGAAAGCCAGGCACCAAGGAUAAUAAUUUACCUAAUUAUCACAAUAAUUUCCAUUUAUUUAGCACCUACUCUGUGCCAGGUCCCCAUGCAAUUUGCUUAAUAUAAAUGAUUGUAUUUGACUUCCAAAAUACCUUACAAGCUAAGUAUUCUUAUCACCAUUUAAAAAAAUAAAAGGAUACUGAACUUCCAAAAACUUAAAA